ACUUACCACAGAUUGAACUUGUCCAAAAAAAGAGAAGUUUAAAAAAAAAAUCACAUUUGCGAAAUCAAUUGUGCAGAAAGAAACCAGCAUCGUGCAGACUUGUAUAAAAGUUAAACGCUCUAUGUUGUUACAAGAAGAGCAAUAGAAUUACAAAUGUCAAGGGUCAGAUGCUCCCUGAUAACCCACUGAAGUUUGAUAUCGAUCAGUCAGCAGUGGGAUUUCAAAGCACUUGAUUUCAACACAUUAGAUAAUAUUUAAACUGGAAUGGGAUGUAUGAGGCCCGAAGCCCUAAUGUUGAAGUUCCUGCCAGUAAGUGCUGCCAUUACUUAGGAUCACCUUCAUAAAAAAUGUAGACAGUGAUGUUAACUAUACUAAAAUAAUGUUUAUAUUCCUGUGCUGUUGUUUUUUCUCCUGUGUCUGGUUUGAUUGCUGCCCUCAUGCCACCUGAAGAGGGGAAAGAAGGUUCCAGGCAACUUACUCAGCACCAGGUUAAAGCUGCUUACGCAGAUUACCUUGAGUUCCAGGCAGACAGGAGAUCACAGCACCUGAUGAAAUAUUCAUGUUGCAACACUGUGCCAGACCUCUUGCAAGCUUGCUUGAUCUUUGGCCCUGUGACUGAGGCAGAGUGCUGCCGUUUUAAUCGAACACAAGUUACCUGCUGUGCUGUGAGGCUCACUUUUCCCCAGGUGAACAGCGCUUUACAAUGACUCAUCAUAAGUUUGCCCAGCAGAGGCCAUUUUGUGCGCGAAGACUGAGAAGAGGCAGCACAUAGACAUAAAGCAUGACUCAUGACAACACGCUUUUUCACUCUGCAUGUAGACAAGCCAGACACUCACACUUACAGUACAGUAGAGCACACCAUGCUUCUGGGUCCCGUUUUCUACUCUCCUAUGAUUCAUAUCAGUAUUGAGAUCCCAAAACCACCCCAUCUAUGUGUCGAACAGCAUAAGAGGUGCGUUUUGAAUCCAAGCAUUUAUCCAUAGUCAAAAAUAAAUGUGAAAAAUAGAAUAGGAUCAUAUGCUGUUAUAUAAAGGAAGUGCAGAUGUGAUGCAGCAUCGUGUAUCAUGCCUUAAGCCAAAGAUAAUGUAUAAGACCUGUGUGACCCCCAGACGAAUGGAUGAGUCCAUCAUCUCCAGGCCUAUAAUAAACGAUAGCCUCAGUCUGGCCAGCUCAUUAACUACUGCUGGAAAAUACCAUGAGCGGAUGUCUGAAUGCAUCCUGAUGACUCAGAGCAUAUGCACACCCACUGCCACCACCAUGUCUGAGUGACUAACUAGCCUCCUGUUCCACUGGAGCCCUGAACAAGCUCUGUGAUGCAUUCAGCAAAGCGAGGCCACCGGCAAUGUGUCGCGUUUAAUGUGGCAUCAUUGCCACAAGGUGGGAUGAAAAGGAAAAAUGUGAGAGUAAGAGACUUUAAGGGCACAACAGUGGGUGAAUAGGAUUCAUUGUGGCCCUUUAAUCUGCUGUCUACCUCUGCAGUUAAUCCUGCUGGUGACAUCAGGACGAGACUGUUUCAGGUGACUUUCCAUUUCCGAACCAUGCUGUGCAAUGACGAUCGCACUGUGCUGGAUGACAGUAAAAAAGUCGGGGUGCCCAUGGAAGUGGUGAUCGGGAACAUGUUCAAGCUGGACGUGUGGGAGAAUCUGCUCAAGUCCAUGCGCACAGGAGAAGUUGCAGAGUUCUGGUGUGACAUAAUCCACACUGGCAUGUACCCCAUGGUGGCAAAAAGUCUUCGACGCAUUGCAGAAGGAAAAGAUCCAGUGGACUGGCACAUCCACACCUGUGGCAUGGCUAACAUGUUUGCAUUUCACACCCUGGGUUAUGAUGACCUGGAUGAGCUCCAGAAAGAACCACAGCCUCUCAUCUUUGUGUUAGAACUGCUUAAGGUUCAGCAGCCGAGUGAGUAUCACAGGGAAUCAUGGGCGAUGAAUGAUGAGGAGAGACUAAAGGUUGUUCCUGUGCUCCAUGGCCAAGGAAACAAACUGUUCAAACAGGGUCGCUUUGAGGAGGCCACAAACAAGUACAAGGAGGCAAUCCUUUGCAUCAAGAACAUUCAGUCAAAGGAGAAGGCCUGGGAGGUCCCCUGGCUGAAGCUUGAAAAGAUGGCCAACACUCUUACACUCAACUACUGCCAGUGUUUGCUGCGCAUGCAGGAGUAUUAUGAAAUUAUUGAGCACACUAGUGACAUCAUUAACCAGCAUCCUGGGGUAAUGAAAGCUUACUACUUACGGGGGAAAGCAAACAUGGAAGUGUGGAACGAGGCUGAGGCCAGAGCUGACUUUCAGAGGGUGCUGGAUCUAGACCCAGGUAUGAAGAAGUCAGUGAAGAAAGAGCUAUCUAUUCUCAAUAUGCGCAUGGAGGAGAAGAGAGAAGAGGAAAGACAGAAAUACAAGGGAAUGUUCACAGCCACAGCAACAGAGCAAGAAGCUACUGCACAAGAAACUUUCAAGCAAGUGGUUCUGGAGCAAGCACCUACAGAACAAGAAACAACAUUACAGAAAACCCCUGAGAAAGACAAUUCAGAGAAGGAAAUUUUCAAGCAAGAAACUCAAGAAAUUUCAGAGCCAAACAAUCCAGAAGAGAAAACACUAGAACAAGAAACUCUAGAGCAAGAAACUCUAGAGCAGGAAAAUGUAAAGCAAGAAAUUAUAGAUGAGCAAAAUCCAGAGGCAAAGAAUGCAGAGAGGAAAAUACUACAGCAAGAAACUUUAGAGGAAGAAACUCUAGAAGAAGAAACCCCAGAGCCAAACAAUCCAGACGAGAAAAUGCUAGAGCAAAUAAAUCUAGUACAGGAGACUAUACAGCGAGAAAUUACUGAGAACAGCACUCCAGUGUUAUUAACUCCAGAACAGGAAACUCCAGAGAAGGAAAUCCUAAAGAAAUCCUGAGAAUGAAGCUCCAGCGAAGAAAGAGCAAGUUAAUCCUGAACAAGAAAAUGUAUCACAGUUAACCUCAGCAGUAGCACAAAACUUUUGAAGAAGCAACACCAGAGCAAAACAAUUAAUGACUGUCAGUGAUGUAGCUACUUAGUGAAAGAGUUUGACCCCCAUCUGAUCCCUCUUAUUGGAAUUAAUCUAAUAGGGCAUGAGGUAAGCAUAUUGCUUACUUUCAGGAGUCUUAUUUAAGAUAUAACCUGAUAUGUACCUGAUAUUUGAGAAAAUACUACAGCAUAAUAUUUAUAUUAAUAAUUUUCC